AUGAAGAAACACCUGAGUCCCACCAAGCAGCAGCAGCAGCAGCAGCCGCCGCCUGACGUCCCGGCGGCGGCUCCGGCGGCUCCUCCGGGCGGCUCGGUGUCCGUCCAGCAGCUGAACGAGCUGCUGUCGGACGGCAGCGGCUUCUACAGCCUCCCGACCCAGCACUUCAACGAGGUGUUCCCGCGCAUCUUCAUCGGCAACGCGUUUGUCGCCCAGAAUGCGAUGCGGCUGCAGAAACUCGGGGUGACGCAUGUCCUUAACGUGGCCGAGGGAACCUCCUUCAUGCAUGUGAACACCAGUGCAGACUUCUACGCCGGAACCGGCGUCACGUACCACGGCAUCCAGGCCAACGACACCGAGCAGUUCGACCUCAGUGCCUUCUUUGAGGAGGGGGCUGAUUUUAUCGACAAGGCCCUAGCACACAAUAAUGGCAAAGGGAAGGUGUACGUACACUGCAGGGAAGGCUACAGCCGCUCCCCCACCAUGGUCGUCGCCUACCUCAUGCUGCGCCACAAGAUGGACGCCCGGCUGGCGGUGGCCACGGUGAGGCACAAGAGAGAGAUCGGCCCGAACGACGGCUUCCUCCGCCAGCUGUGCCAGCUCAACGAGAAGCUGGCGAAGGAGGGCAAGCUGAACGGGGAGGUGGGCAAACUAAAGACCAAAUGAGAGCAGACGGAGGCAGGAAAGAGACUCUCUGGAAAAAAAAAACCGUCUCCUCCCAUCGCGCCUUUCGCAAAAGGCUUCAGCUGCUCUCGGAGACCAAACCAGCACCCAUCCGACACACCGGGGUAUUACCGAAACACAUACAUGCAUUUGAUCCGUGUAGAUAAUUCUGCCUCAUGUACACACUCACGUACACGCCGUUUCCUUUUUUUUUUUUCUUCUAGUCUGUCACUGCUGCUCUACAAAGAGUGUGAUCUCGAAAAAUACAAACAAAAAAACCCAGAUUUCGCCGCUCGAAAACCAAAUUUCCGUCGACUUUUCGAGCCACUUUAAAGCAUUCCUUCGAUUCCCUGCGAGGUUAAGAAGGUGAAAAGUUUUACCCAGAUUUUUAG